AUGGCUGAAGAUCAAUUCUAUGCCAUGAAUGAAGGAGAUGUUCAAUUUGCGAAUGAUUUGCACUCAUUCUUGAAAGCAAGGGCAGAAGGGUUGGUUGAUGGAGGGCUACUGGCUUUUAUCCAUGGUGUUGAUCCCAACGGUAAUAAGGACACCUCUAAAAUUACAUUACUGUCUUUCGAACUUUUGGGAUCUUGUCUUGUGGACUUGGCUAAGAAGGGACCAUUUGAUAUAUCCCAAGUAGACUCGUUCAACUUGCCUAAGUAUUUUCCCUUUCAUGAUGAAUUGAAAGCUUUAGUAGAAAGAAAUCAAGAUUUCAGUCUCGAAAGGAUGGAGAUACUUGACAAUCCACCAAAGCGUCUCACUAAUCCCGAUCCCAAAUCAUUUGCCACGUUCAUGCGAGUAUUGAUUGAGGGACUUCUGCAAAAUCAUUUUGGAAGCGAAAUCAUGGAUGAAUUAUUCAAGAGACACGGAGAAAAAGUUGAAGAGUCUGGACUUCUAUCGGAUCCUAAUGAAAAUUCUCUGAUGGCACUUGUCCUCCUCAAGUGCAAAAGGAUGACUAUAUGA